GGUAUAAAGUCCGGGGGAGCCGGUCCCGGGCAGCCGCUCAGCCCCCUGCCCCUCGCUGCCCGCCGCCUGCCUGGGCCGGGCCGAGGAUGCGGCGCAGCGCCUCGGCGGCCAGGCUUGCUCCCCUCCGGCCCGCCUGCUAACUUCCCCCGCUACGUCCCCGUUCGCCCGCCGGGCCGCCCCGUCUCCCCGCGCCCUCCGGGUCGGGUCCUCCAGGAGCGCCAGGCGCUGCCGCCGUGGGCCCUCCGCCGCUCGCCCGCGCGCCCGCGCUCCCCGCCUGCGCCCAGCGCCCCGCGCCCGCGCCCAGUCCUCGCGCGGUCAUGCUGCCCCUCUGCCUCGUGGCCGCCCUGCUGCUGGCCGCCGGGCCCGGGCCGAGCCUGGGCGACGAAGCCAUCCACUGCCCGCCCUGCUCCGAGGAGAAGCUGGCGCGCUGCCGCCCCCCCGUGGGCUGCGAGGAGCUGGUGCGAGAGCCGGGCUGCGGCUGUUGCGCCACUUGCGCCCUGGGCUUGGGGAUGCCCUGCGGGGUGUACACCCCCCGUUGCGGCUCGGGCCUGCGCUGCUACCCGCCCCGAGGGGUGGAGAAGCCCCUGCACACACUGAUGCACGGGCAAGGCGUGUGCAUGGAGCUGGCGGAGAUCGAGGCCAUCCAGGAAAGCCUGCAGCCCUCUGACAAGGAUGAGGGCGACCACCCCAACAACAGCUUCAGCCCCUGUAGCGCCCAUGACCGCAGGUGCCUGCAGAAGCACUUCGCCAAAAUUCGAGACCGGAGCACCAGUGGGGGCAAGAUGAAGGUCAAUGGGGCGCCCCGGGAGGAUGCCCGGCCUGUGCCCCAGGGCUCCUGCCAGAGCGAGCUGCACCGGGCCCUGGAGCGGCUGGCCGCUUCACAGAGCCGCACCCACGAGGACCUCUACAUCAUCCCCAUCCCCAACUGCGACCGCAACGGCAACUUCCACCCCAAGCAGGUGGGUCUCUGUCUCCCGCUGGCUUGGCCCUGGACUCAGCUCUGGGGCAUGUCCGGCCUCUCCGCAGGAUGGUCCUGGAUGGAGAUCUCAGGAAGGGGAAACUCCUCAACCCCAACCCAACCCCUUGGAGCCUCCCUAAACCUACCUCAGCGUCAGAACCUCACUCAUUUUGGAGAUGAGGAGACUGUGAUCCAGAGAGGAGUAAAAGCGCCGGGCUAGUCCAGAGUCAUAGAACAAGUUAACAGCAGAUCUUGCCUCCCUAUCCAGGGCAAUUUCCCUCACCCCUGGAUUUCACCAUCUGUGGUGCAGACCUAGCAACCCUGACAACCUCUGGCUCCCAACACUCUCUCAUUCACUCUACUCUAUUCCUAUGAGUAAUUCCUCCUGUCACUGAGUGAGGUUUCUUCUGGGAAUGGAGGGCCAAAGCCAUGAGGAGUCAGGGAGGAAACUCAGCCUACCCCUCCCUGCAAGGCGAGUAGCAAAACCACCUGGGGUACAGCAAGGGUGAAGGUAAAACCAGAUUGGACGGUUGGAGACAGGCACUUUGGGUAGAAGCAGAGGAAGGAGUGGGGCAGGAGAGAAGACACAAAGGCAGCAACUUCCCUAUUCCUUCCUGCCCUUGGAAGCUGGGGUCCUCUGACAAGCCUCCAGGAGGCUGGGAUGGUCAGCAGGGUUGGCCUCUUCCAGCCUAUCUCUGGCCCAUCAGAAUGGGUGGCCUGUCUGGGCAGGGCUCUGGUGUGCCUUCUGCUGGGUGUUGCCUGGGGAACCCUAGCCUGGAGCUCUUUGUCGGUGUAGACAGACCCAUUUCCCUGCUCCAUGAGCUAUAGACAAAUCCACAAUUUGAGCUGCCACUCUGCCAGCAGAAGUCUAGAUAGAAGGACAAAGGUUGUCCUGAGUCUGUGCAUCCCAGGAUGGCAUGAAAAGGGUAUGAGUGAAGGGCCAGAGAGGGCACCCCAAAACCAAUGCCCAGCCUAUUUCUAACCUUUAUCCUAACACGAAUUUUAUCCUUGUCCCAAUUUAAAAAACUUUUUCUCUUAAUUAAAAAAAAAAUUAAUAGCUUUAUUUUUUAGAGUAGUUUUAGGUUUACAGAAAACUUGAGCAAGAGUACAGAGUUUCAAUGUACUGUCAUCCACCCCAGUUUCCUCAUUAUUAACAUCUUACAUUUGUUGCAAUUGAUGAACGAAUAUUAGUAUAUUAUUAUUAAUUAGUGGUUUAUAUUAGGGUUCACUUUUUGUGUUGUAAAAUUCUAUGCAUUUUCUUCUCCUGAUUUUUUUUUUUAAAGGCAGGAUCUCAGUCUCCCAGGCUGGAGUGCAGUGAUGCGAUCACAGCUCCCUGCAACCUCCACAUCCUGGGCUCACGUGAUCCUCCUACCUCAGUCUCCUGAGUAGCUGGGACCACAGGCACACAACUAUGUCAGGCUAAUUUUUUUUUUUUUUGAGACAGAGUUUGUCUCUUGUUGCCGAGGCUGGAGUGCAAUGGUGGGAUCUCGGCUCACUGCAACCUCCAUCUCCCGGGUUCAAGCGAUUCUCCUGCCUUAGCUCCUGAGUAGCUGGGAUUACAGUUGCCCACCACCACACCCGGCUAAUUUUUUGUAUUUUUAGGAGAGAUGGGGUUUUGCCAUGUUGGCCAGGCUGGUCUCGAACUCCGGACCUAAGGUGAUCCACCCACCUCGGCCUCCCAAAGUGCUGGGAUUACAGGCUUGAGCCACUAGCUUCUUCCUCUGAUUUUUAUCCCAUUGAAAGUUCUGACACUUGAACUUUAUCCCCAGACCAAUUCUGAUCCUUAAGCUAUCCUUCACUCCAAGAUUAAUUCUCACACUGAAAUAUAUAUUUGCGCCCCCUGAACCUCCUACUAUCUAAUUUUGACCCAAACUUUAGCUUAACUUUAGUUAUUCUGACCUUGACCUCUGUCUUUAUCCCAAUUGUGUUUUUACCUGGGCUUUAACCCUCACCCAACUCAUCCAACUCAACUUUUAGUCAUAUUUCCUAAUUCAACUGCAACUCUUACCCUGGUCCUACCUUAAUCCCAACUUGGAUCCACCUCAUAACUAUAAUCCCAUUCUUAAAGUCCCAACCCAAUCAGAAUAUGUACCCAAAACAUCUCCAACCUGAACCCAGCCUUUCAAAUCCAGCUGUGCCUUUAAACCCGAGGGCUUUCUUAAGGUCCUGCCUUCCAGAACUCUCUGGACCUUUCCUUCUUGACCAUGUUCUCCCUGCUCCAGUGAGCUCAGAAGACCCAUGCUCAAAAAAGAGUCACCACCCUCAGAGGCCAUCUUGAAGCAGCGACCGUCUGACUUGGGGGCUGGGCUGGGCUGGGAUUGGGGUGGGUCACUUGGGGUCUCUUUUCCUGCGUCGGAACUGACCCCUCAUGCCCUUCUCUUGGCAGUGUCACCCAGCUCUGGAUGGGCAGCGUGGCAAGUGCUGGUGUGUGGACCGGAAGACGGGGGUGAAGCUUCCGGGGGGCCUGGAGCCAAAGGGGGAGCUGGACUGCCACCAGCUGGCUGACAGCUUUCGAGAGUGAGGCCUGCCAGCAGGCCAGGGACUCAGCGUCCCCUGCUACUCCCGUGCUCUGGAGGCUGCAGAGCUGACCCAGAGUGGAGUCUGAGUCUGAGUCCUGUCUCUGCCUGCGGCCCAGAAGUUUCCCUCAAAUGCGCGUGUGCACGUGUGCGUGUGCGUGCGUGUGUGUGUGUAUGUGUGAGCAUGGGUGUGCCCUUGGGGUAAGCCAGAGCCUGGGGUGUUCUCUUUGGUAUUACACAGCCCAAGAGGACUGAGAGUGGCACUUAGCCCAAGAGGUCUGAGCCCUGGUGUGUUUCCAGAUCGAUCCUGGAUUCACUCACUCACUCAUUCCUUCACUCAUCCAGCCACCUAAAAACAUUUACUGACCAUGUACUACGUGCCAGCUCUAGUUUUCAGCCUUGGGAGGUUUUGUUCUGACUUCCUCUGAUUUUGGCAUGUGGAGACACUCCUAUAAGGAGAGUUCAAGCCUGUGGGAGAAGAAAAAUCUCAUUCCCAGAGUCAGAGGAGAAGAGACAUGUACCUUGACCAUCGUCCCUCCUCUCAAGCUAGCCAGAGGGUGGGAGCCUAAGGAAGCGUGGGGUAGCAGAUGGAGUAAUGGUCACGAGGUCCAGACCCACUCCCAAAGCUCAGACUUGCCAGGCUCCCUUUCUCUUCUUCCCCAGGUCCUUCCUUUAGGUCUGGUUGUUGCACCAUCUGCUUGGUUGGCUGGCAGCUGAGAGCCCUGCUGUGGGAGAGCGAAGGGGGUCAAAGGAAGACUUGAAGCACAGAGGGCUAGGGAGGUGGGGUACAUUUCUCUGAGCAGUCAGCGUGGGAAGAAAGAAUGCAAGAGUGGACUGAAUGUGCCUAAUGGAGAAGACCCACGUGCUAGGGGAUGAGGGGCUUCCUGGGUCCUGUUCCCUACCCCAUUUGUGGUCACAGCCAUGAAGUCACCGGGAUGAACCUAUCCUUCCAGUGGCUCGCUCCCUGUAGCUCUGCCUCCCUCUCCAUAUCUCCUUCCCCUAUACCUCCCUCCCCACACCUCCCUACUCCCCUGGGCAUCUUCUGGCUUGACUGGAUGGAAGGAGACUUAGGCACCUACCAGUUGGCCAUGAUGUCUUUUCUUCUUUUUCUUUUUCUUUUUUUUAACAAAACAGAACAAAACCAAAAAAUGUCCA